ACUCAAUUUCUCAUUAUGUCUAUUAAAAAUGUCAUUUCACUCAUAGCGGUUCUAUACAUCAUAGUUUCUGCAAAUGCUCAGUUGCCACAGUUUCUGGCUCCAUUUCCUUUUCCAUUUCCAUUCCAACCGAUUCCUGGGAUGCCAGGAUUACCUGACAUAACAAAAUGUUUGUCAUCGGUGAUGGAUAUUCCAGGGUGCAUUGCAGAGAUAUCUCAAUCCAUAUUCACCGGAAAAUUCCGUAACUUGGGUCCGGCUUGUUGCAAAGCAUUUUUGGACGCUGAAGCAAAUUGUAUGCCGAAAAUUCUAUUCAUUCCGUUUUUUCCUCCGAUGCUAAAGGAACAAUGUUCAAGAAUUGUCGGUGCAACUCCUCCUACUCCAAAAUAGAAUUUCAAUUUAUUUUUGAAAAGAUAAAUGAUUUUUUCUUUUCAACUUAUUUCUUAAAAUUUUAGCUUACUCUAAAUAUUAUACUCCAAAAAAAAAAACGAUGAUACAAUAAUAACAUUAGAGAAGUCGUAGUUGUGUUCAAUGUUUAGUCAUCCUUCAAUUCAAAUGAAUAACAACACCUUCAAACAUGGGGUCCAUUAUUAAUUUAAUCUUGCAAUGUUUCAGAACUUGAAAUUGUUUUCAUAAAUCUUUUAUAUGUGUCGUAGUAACAAAAUCUGUGAACGUUUUAUAACUUUAUAUACAACCCAAAACCAUUCUCAAGAUCACUUGCAAGUAAAUCUUAUUUUAGUAAGUUUCUAAUAAUGAACAAGAAAGACCCAACUUUUUCUAAAAACAAAAAGAAGACCGUCCUAGAA